AACAGCCUAUGGGGCUCAAAAUGCUGUCUAUGAAGGCAGCUCAUAGGUUUUUGAAACAGUCUCAGUGUCUUUGAGCGUGAUGGAGCCCGCUGUCAGUAAUUCUAGGAGGAGCCCACACGCUCCACAUGCUCGGCUCGAGAUGAGGGGCAGUUAGAUGCACUUGGAUUACCGGCUGCUGAACUGAAACGACUCCGCUCAUAAAAAAAAAAAAUAUGUAAAACAGUGACGUUUCUGAUUACAUGUCUUUUUAACGAGUGGAUAUUCUCCUCGGGCAGAGAUAAAACACAAGAUGCAGUAACAGCAUCACUUAUUUUUAGUCCCAGACGAUGGAAUUCAGUUUGAGAAGCCCAGUGUGAGAAAGUGAAGUACGCAAAGGAUUUACAUUCUCAUCCACAUAAAGAUAAAGCAAGGAUUUGAGAGCAUGGGUUGGCAAGAGACCCUAUGGCUUUUGACAUCAUUUAUCUUGAGUGUAACAAAGGCUGGAACAACAGAGACAAAAUCGGAGCCCACCGCUGACUUAUCCCUUACUCCUGUCAUGAUGGCAGUGGAGGGAGAGAGACUGAUCAUGACUCAGUCUCAGUACAAAUGUCUGGAGCUUCUGAGCCGAGAUGGAUCCCAUAAUAAAACAGGUUUGUUCUGCAGCAGAUUCUGGGAUGGCUUGCUCUGUUGGGAUGAAACCCCAGCUGGAACCUUUGCCUCACAGAACUGUCCAGAUUACCCCAGCUUCGACCCCUUGGAAAAAGUAACCAAAUACUGUGAUGAAUCUGGCAACUGGGUACACAGUUCAUCCAUCAAUAAGACCUGGUCCCACUGUCUCACAUUCUCAAAGGAAAAAAUUAAGACGUUACCAGUUCAUGGCUUUUUAGAGACGGAGACGGAGAUGGAUCCUACAGCUGAGAGUCAGGUCAGCCCUGUAGUGACUCAGAAAGCGGAGGAGAGGAAGAAGAUCAUCGAUGGUCAAUAUAAAUGCUUUGAGAAAAUGAACAGAGACCAGCCAUAUAACAAAUCAGGUCUGUACUGUAACCGCACAUGGGAUGGAUGGCUAUGCUGGGACGACACUCCAGCAGGGAUGUACACUUCUCAGUACUGCCCCAAUUACUUCCCUGACUUUGACUCUACUGAAAAGGUCACCAAGUACUGUGAUGAGACUGGAAACUGGUUCAGGCACCCUGAAUCAAACAGGACAUGGUCCAACUACACCCUUUGCAUUGCUCAUACCAAUGACAAGCUCAAGAUGGCGUAUAUUUUGUAUUACAUGGCGAUUGUGGGUCAUGCUCUUUCGAUGGUGUCUCUUCUCAUCUCACUGGCCAUAUUCUUUUAUUUCAGGAGUCUGAGCUGUCAGAGAAUCACUCUACACAAGAACCUAUUCUUCUCGUAUGUGCUCAACUCAGCCUGCACCAUCGUCAACCUCAUAACUGUGGUCAACAACCCCAAAGUGGUGCAGAAGAAUCCGAUUGGCUGCAAGGUGCUGCACUUCUUCCACAUGUACAUGCUGGGCUGUAACUAUUUCUGGAUGCUCUGCGAGGGGAUUUACCUGCACACACUGAUUGUGGUGGCCGUAUUUGCCGAGGAGCAGCAUCUGCACUGGUAUUAUCUUCUGGGCUGGGGAUUCCCCUUGGUGCCUGCAUCCAUCCAUGCUGUGGCGAGAAAGAAAUACUUUGAUGACAACUGCUGGAUGAGUGUGGAGACCCAUCUGCUCUACGUAGUUCACGGCCCCAUUAUGGCAGCUUUAUUAGUCAAUUUAUUUUUUCUGCUGAACAUAGUACGGGUCUUGGUGACCAAACUGAGAGAUACACACCGAGCUGAGUCUAACAUGUAUAUGAAGGCGGUGAGGGCCACCCUCAUUCUGGUGCCCUUAUUGGGCAUUCAGUUCGUCAUCUUCCCUUGGCGGCCAGAGAACCGCUUGGCAGGAGAGAUAUAUGAUUACAUCAUGCACAUAUUAAUGCAUUACCAGGGAUUGCUGGUGGCAACUAUAUUCAGUUUUUUCAAUGGAGAGGUCCAGGGAGCUCUGAAAAGGCAGUGGAUGCAAUACAAAGCCCAGUGGGGUCAGCGACGACGCGAGCACUGCUCCAUGAGAUCCACCUCCUACACCGCCACCUCCAUCACUGAGGUGCCCGCUUUCAUGUACCAUCAUGACUGCAACAGUGAACACUUGAAUGGUAAACAAACUGAAGACUCAGAGCUAGUGGCCCUCAAGAUGGGUGAGACAUACGCAUGAACAUCUGGAGAAAAAGACAGUAACCGGCAAAGAAGUGAUUCAGUCAAAACCGUAGACCGGAGACUCCUUUUGACUGAAUGUUCGCAAACUCCCCCAUCUCAGACAGCACUUAAGAGUUGACAACAGAACAUUCAAAGCCUGUGUGUUGGCACAAUCAGAUCUGUUGAAAUAUUACUCAAGGCUUUGUUUAUAUUCUCUACAGCUCUGCUUCUGCGAGUUGAAACGCAAAAGAAGCAAGAAAACACAGACACGGGCCGCAUUUCUUAAAAUAUGUCAUAUUAAAGCUGCUAGUUUCAGGCUCCCCUCACAUCCUUUUCAGGCCCGUGGCCACAAACAAAAAAGUAUCUUCGCAAAAAACCAAAGGAUGUGUUGAUUUGUGGGACACUGAGUGUUUCUCUAAAGCUACUGGGACGCGAUCCUCCGGAGAACAGGCUAUACUCAUCCGUCUCUGAACAAAGGAGAGUUCCUCUGUGCCUCAGUCCUGUUCCUGAUGGUCAACGGAGGUUACGAGGAUCUGUCUGACGGUCAUUUCACAUUUGAAAAUAGCUUUUUAUCUGUCUUGCGAGACUCCUGACUGCUUUAUUGUUUUUGCAGCUGUGCUUUUCUGCCUCGUCUCUGUUGCGAAAGGGGGAGUGGAGGAAAAAGAUGAACAAUUUUAGGACUGCUUGAGUGAAUUCAUAAACCUGUGCAUAGAUAUGCAUAAAAAUGUAUUCUGUAAACAAAAACAAAACGAAAAAAAAAAAGAGACAAAAAUAUAUUUAAUAAGCUCCCAUGCUUCAGAGUGCAGAUUGUAUUUAUCAGUCUGAUUUUGAGGCAUCUUUUCAGUGUUUUGGAGUGCUGCUUCGCCAGUAAGUGCAUUUCCUCUCUGCGACCAAAAUCCACUCUCAUGAAUGCACCAAAUGCAAUUUCAACUAGUGAUCAAUAAUCCACCUUUCUUCACUCGCCUUUAUUUGACCACAAAAUACUUGUGGGACUGACUGAAUUAGGCUGGAAAUAAGAAACUAAUAUAAGAAAAUAAGAAAUCAGCACAUUAAAUGUACUGAUUAAAAUAAAUUGAGCUAUAAAUUAUAUAUAUAUAUAUAUAUAUAUACAUAAUAUCAAAAUGAUUCAGCUUUGCCAUUACAGGGAUAAAUUACAUUUUAAAAUAUAUAUUAAAAUAGCAAUUAAACAAUUAAAUACUACUACUACUACUACUACUACUACUAAUAAUAAUAAUAUUUCACAAUUUUACAGUUUUUAUUGUAUUUUUGCAGAUAUAUUUUUUUUCAUAAAAAUCAAAACCCCCAAAUUUUGAACUGGUAGUGAUGUAUAAAUAUACAUAUAGGUGUGAAAACGUUGAUGAAAUCAAAGCAGCCCAUCUUGUUGUUAUGACUGAAGAAACAUACUCUGGCGUUUUCUGAAACGGCCACAUAUUUAAGAGUGUGUAGACUGAACAACUGUGAGGAAAACAAGACCCUCUUGGCUCAAAUCAGAUGGUGUCCGGGGAGCAUGUGAUGACAGGCAGCUGUCACAGCGUUUGCAUUGCCUGUCACAAGAAUAAAGUAACAACUCUCACAGAUACUAAAUGCACAUGUGCAACUACAAUGAAAAUGUUCUUUAUAAAUAUAUCAAUUACUGCUAAAUGAGAAUCAAAUACAUUAUCAUUCAAAGAUCACAUGCAAAAAUCAAUUUAAAGGUACACUAUGUAACUUUUAAUGGGCAAAAUUAACUAAAUUUAAAUAAUGAGUCAAUACUUCUUCAAUCCUUCUUACAAAACAUGUUUUUGUCUUACCCUGAUUCACUAGCCUGUGGUAAGCCUGAUAAAAGUGUUAUAUUUUAGACCUGAAGGGAUGGUUGAUAGUUGUCUACUUUGCGUAUGGUGUGGGAGUGGCAUAGGUUAGUUGUCACAAUUAGUGAUAAACGCUGACAUGGAGCAGCUAAAUCUCCAACCUCUGGAACAAACGCCGAACUAUGGAAGCGUGUUUCUGCCAUUAAAUAAAAAAAUAAAAAAGGUAAUUGUGACUUUUUAUCUCAUAAUUCAGACUUUUUUCUCAAAACUGCAAGAUGUAAACCCGCAAUAGUGAGUUAUAAAGUCAGAAUUGCAUGAUAUAAAGUCAAUAAAGCAAUUCUGAUUUUUUCUCGCAACUGAGUUUUUAUCAUGCAAUUCUGAUUUUAUAACUCACAAUUUAGAUUUUUUUUUUUUCUCAGAAUUAUGAUAUAAACACAAUAAAUACACAAUAAUAUUAAGUCAGAAUUGCGUGAUAUAAACACAAUUCUGAGAAAAAAACGUCUUUUUUCCCUCAUAAUGGGACAUUAUAACACGCAAUUGCGAUUUUAUAUCUCACAAUUCUGACUUUAUAUCAUACAAUUCUGACUUUAUAACACAAUUCUGACUUUAUAACACAAUUCCGACUUUAUAACACAAUUCUGACUU